UCCUGAAGCUCUCGGGGAACAUGGCGGCGCUCUGGGUGUCUGGCUUUUCCAGGAGAAGCUUCACGUGGAUAGUCUCAGGGGCGCCACGCAGAGAAUUUUGGUCUCGAUUCAGAAAAGAGAAACAGCCAGUGGUGGCUGAGACAGUAGAGGAGGUGAAGAAAGAACCUAUUCUGGUGUGUCCACCCUUACGAAGCCGAACAUACAUACCACCCGAAGAUCUCCAGAGUCGUUUGGAAUCUCAUGUCAAAGAAGUUUUUGGUUCAUCUGUUCCUAACAGUUGGCAGAACAUCUCCCUAGAAGAUGUUCAUCUGAAGUUCAGCUUCUUGGCACGUUUAGCUGAUGACUUGGGCCAUGCAGUGCCUAACUCCAGGCUUCACCAGAUGUGCAGGGGCGACUCCUUUCAAGAGGGAAGAAAUUAGUUGGAUAUAUAAAUUCUGGUAUGUUUAUUAGAAAAAUAAGUUACAAUAUGGUCAUGCCCUAUAAAUGUCAUCAGUGGACAAUCAGAUUUUCAAUAACCUCUACAUUGAAGAACUUCAGAAGUACCUGGAAUGUUAAAGUGUUUGGAGCCCUGGAACUUAAACAUUAGAGCUGUUUAUCCCUUCUGCUUCUAUGUGAAAUGGGUUCAGCGUGGAAACAUUUGAAUUUUAUGUACAGGAUUUGAUUAUCUCAUUUCCCACACAACUUUUACUUCUAAUCUGGAGACACAGAAAAAUGUGCAAAGGGCAAGGUGGAAGUAAGAGAUGGUGAGGGCAGUGUGGAAAAGCACUUGGUUUCAUCUGGAGAGCUGCAAAGCCAGCAUUCAUGUAAACGUUAGGGCCAAAGAAAUUACUCCUUCGUAACCUGGAGCAGUUUCUCAAAAUUUAAUGUGCUUAUGAAUCACUUGGGAUCUUUUUUAAAUGCAGAUUCUGAUUCUGUAGGUCAAAAGUGGGUCCUGAACUUGUCUAUAAAGCCCCAAGGUUAUUCUGAUGAUGUUUUGAGUACCAUGACCCUAGAAGCUGGUACUGAGGUGGGAGACGUACUGCCCUCUGAAACAGCAGUCAUGGAACGUUUAGCUGACGGGCAAGGUAAACUGCACAUUCAUCAAUAACUAGAGGGCAUCACUGGUUUACAGCCCAAUAUAGUAUAUCAGAAUAAUGGACCUAUAGUUUUCCUGGAAAGAUUAAAUUAGGUUUGCUAACUUGUUUCCUGAGAUAACUAAAAACAUAUGAUAUAAAAGGUUUACUUUUUAAAAAAUUAAAUGAUUACUAUAUAAAAGUUAGCAAUUUUACUCUGUUGGGCCGUUGAACUCUGUGUAUGCUUACAUAAAAACUGCUAAUAAAAUAGAGAUUCAGGGUUAGUAGAAUGAAUGGUCUUACACAAACAGUGCUAAAUAACAAAGAUUCAACUGAUUAAUUUGAAGAUUCUAAUUGGCUUUAUUAAAUGAUUCAUGAAUCAGGCAGCAUCCCCUCCAGCAAUAGAGAGCUGCUCUGUUGAGCUUCAGAAAAGGAAAGGUUUUUAAAGGCAGAGAGGGAGCAGAAAAAAGGAAAUUACUAGCAAAAAUGCAUUGUUUUAGGCAAAGUCACCCUCUUUAAGGGGAAUGGAUAGGGUCUAUCAGUGGAUUUCCUCCUAGUGCUGACCGGGAAAUUCCAGAUUGGCUGAUUAAAGGUCACAUUCCUGGGGAAGGUCGAGUCUAUAAUGAGGUUAGAUAUUGUCUCAGUUUGCUGCCCUGUGGCCUAGCACAAAUGACUUCAUUUUGGGUUUGUCUCCUUUUUAACAACAGUAUAUAUUUCAAGCAGCAUAAAAGAAACUUCUCCCUCUCUUCUGUUCUUUUUAAUUUUAACGUGUCAUUUAUAAAAGUAGCACUUUUUUAAAGAAAAUUGGGAAAGACAGAAAAAAUAUCUUUUCCAUCGACCAGAUAAUCACCUAACAUUCUUGUAUAUUAACAAGUGAAAAAAACCUUUUUUCCUGUAUUUUAAAAUUUGCUAUGAAAUCCUGUCCUGUGACCCCUUCACACCAUGAGUAUUUCUACUCAUCUUUAAAUAGUCUUAAGAAUAAUAGAUUUGAUUAAUAGCAUAUCAUUCCAUAAAUGCAUGUUACAUAAUUAUUCAACCAAUAUU